UACUUAUAUUGCAUGAUGCCAUUAUACUUAAACAACAUCAGUUCCAUCUCAACCAAAAAAAAAAAAAUGCAAGGUACAGUACCAAACACCAACCGCCUUCACGCUCCUUACAAAUUAAAUUGAUUCCACUAUCCCACACAGCAAAACAGACUUCAUGGAGGCUUUCAAAUCCUCAACCUUGUAGAAUCCCUUCCUCAAAAUCAUCUCAUCAAUCUAGUUUUACCUGAAGUUUGAUUUGUUAUAGCUAGCUGCAGUGCUGCAAUGGAAGAAGGUCAAUGUUGGAUUUGGACCAAAAGAAAGCACUCAUCUUUGAGCUUUUAUAAUACUCACAACUUGACCUAUGGCGAUUCAUGGGAAGAACAAGCCUUUGCGGAAGAUGAGCGUUUUGGUGGAUGCAUAUGGCCUCCAAGAUCAUACUCUUGCAGCUUUUGCAGCAGAGAGUUCAGGUCAGCCCAAGCUCUUGGUGGCCACAUGAAUGUUCACAGAAGAGAUAGAGCUAGGCUAAAGCAACCCCCAAGUCCACACAAAACGGAUGAAACCAGUCUUGAUCAUCAAAAUUCUUUCACAUCUUCCUUGGCUUAUUCCAACACUAACCCUAAUUCUGAUGAUCUUCGUAUUCUUGCUUCUGAGGCUAAACUAGCCCCUCCAUCUUUGAUUCAAGAGAAUUCCCCGCCAUACGAUUCUUGUAUUUCCUGGUCAAACCUUGCAGCUGAACGAAGAUUAUAUUCUCAAAAGACCGAUCUUAUUGGAACUAAGGAUGAUAAGAUAUCCAAGAUAGUAGAUACUGAUUGUAAUAAAGAAGAAGCUGAUAUUAUGAGAUGCAAGAGGAGAAGAAUAACAGAUGCUUCAUCAUUAAUUCCAUUGAUCUCAUCAAAAUCAAGUUCAGUUGAUAAUAGGACUGGUCAUAUCAAGUCUCAGAUGUUCGAGUUUAUUAGUCCUAGUUCCAGUGAAGAGCUAGAUCUGGAGCUAAGGCUUGGUUACAGUCCUCCCAAGACGUACGUGUAUACAUGCAGCCACUCGGUGACAAACCUAACAAUAUUAAACAAAAAAAGGCCAGCUUCAAGACCGCAUACUUCUAGUCUUUCAUUUAGCUUUAAUCACAUGAACUUUCAGUUUUUGUAGUCUUUGGUUCUAUAACUUCUAUAUAUUUUAUCUUUCUAUAGCCAGCUAGAUUUUUGUCCACCUAUACGUCAGACAGUGUCAUUAGUAAUUUUUCAUAGAGUUGGGUCUAAUGAGAACAAUGUCUGAUCCAUUUUUAAAGAUAUAUAGGACAAAUUUAAAACCAAUAAAAAAUUCAAAAUUUGGCAGGAAAUGGAACAUGGGAAGAAACUGUCGUUUCUCUAUUUGAACUCGGAAGGCGUUAUACAUGAUAAGAUAAAUUAUUUUUGCCCAGACGAUAUAUCUUUUAAGUUUUAAAUUUCAUCUAUUAUAUAGACAGACAUACACCUUUUGAAAUAAUUAAAAAAGUAUUCAAAUUCAAAACAUCCUAAAAAAUUAUUUUCAUUUUUAUUUAAUUUGAAAUAUAACUUCAUAUAUUAGUCAAAUUAAUAUUUCAAGAUUAUCUGUUUUAUGAUAAAAUUAACAAAUUUAGUUUUCAAUAAUAGUGAUAUCUAUUUAAUAUAUAUUUAUUUUACUUAGCAGUGGAUCGUGAACCAUAAUUAAAUUUUGUCACUGUGCUUUGUUUUUUGGCCGAAUUUUUUGUCAUCGUGCUUGAUAUUGAUGAGUUUCUUCUAUACAUUUCUACAUGCAAGAAGCUAAGUCAAGAACCAACAGGGAGUUUGAUUUAGCAGAAGAAAUUAAUAUCAAAUGUAGUUAAUCAACGUUUGAAUUACCUUUAAGAAUAGUGCUCACAUCUAAUGCCUCAUCAUGCUUUGAACUUGAUUACUUUUAAUAAAAAAAUACAAUUAAAAAUUAAAAAUCCCCAUAGACGUGAGAGAGAGAGAGAAGGAGGUAUGGGAUACUAUGAUUCUCACGGGUCUGCAUGGGAAGUAUUGUUGAGCAGCAUUUUGGUGAUUUCAAAAUGGAAAUGAUUAUCAGAGAAUGGUAACAACUUUGUGAAAGGGAAAUUGCAGAGUAUACAUUGGGUUUUGGGAAUAUAUUCCUUUUAUGUAUGACAACUAAGAGUAUGUUUGCAUGGAAACAAUAGUUCCUCUUUCACGAGACACGCAGGCACUAGCAGACACAAACCGGAGAAUAAUUAAGAUGUAGAAUCUUUGAUGCCAAUUCAACAUCUGACA